CUGCCUUCCUCUUUAAUCUUUGAAAAGAUUUCUGAUCACAAUUAGAGAAUACACACUGUCCUCGACGCUGGCUGCUCCGAUCGUCGGCAAGCAUAAACAACAAAAAAUUACGCCCGAAGCGGGCAAAGCUUCCCAUACGUAGCCAAACGAGAUGCGACCGCUGCCGCUCUCGCUAUGGCUCCUCGUCGCAGCCCAGAUCGAAGCCCGAGAGCAGGCACGAGCUGAUGCGCAUCACCAGCCCUUAGUAUUACCGACGGCGAUUCGAAAAAUGCCCGCCGACCGGGGCGCCAAGUUCCACCACGAGUACUGCGCCUUCGGAGACCACACGACCUUCGCGCCGGCGUCGAGCAGACCCCACGCACCGACAGCAGCAGCAAUAGCGGCGCGCAGCUUGCAUGAUGCAGACGACGCCCGACGUCUCUGGGCCAACGCAUCGGCCGAGCUCUCCCUCCGCCCGCCGUUCGCCCUCCUCUCCGAACCGGAAAUCCCAGAAAAAGACGAGAGCAUAGCGCCGGCAUGGAGCCUCUUCCGCCGGGCAGCAUCAGCCCUGGCUCUCCUCGAGAAGCGCCAGUGGGCCUGCCCGAGCGGGACGAGCAGCUGCUCCUCGAUCGGGUUUCCCAACAGCUGCUGCGGCCAGGACGAGACCUGCGUCGAGGUGCCCGACACGGGACUCGGGCCGGUGGGCUGCUGCCCCUCGGGCGCGACCUGCAGCGGCGGCAUCUCCGACUGCGCCGACGGCAGCACCGCCUGCGGGAGCAGCAUCGGAGGCGGUUGCUGCAUCCCGGGAUUCGUCUGCAUGGGUGUAGGCUGUGUCCGUUACUCCUCGUCGUCAUCACCGCCCCCUGCGGCGACCCCGACAACCCUGACCACAACCUCCACCCGCAUCGUCUCCGACCCGACGCGCUCCACCAUCCUCGUGACGGUCACCACCACCGUCACCCCUUCCGGGCCGCCCGUGACCUCCACCGUCAUCGAGACCACGACCGCCUCGUCCACCCGGAGCGGAGGCGGGGCCGGCGCCCCCUUCCGCCCGACCUCGUCCCCGCAGCCGUCCGGCUCGAACACGCGGACGACGGGCACCGGCGCGUACUGCCCUACCGGCUUCUACCCCUGCCUCGCCCGGGCCGGGGGCGGGUGCUGCCAGACGGGGCGCGACUGCGCGGUCACCACGUGCCCCCCGCCACCGCAGCAGAGCGAGAUAACCACCAUCGUGAACGGUAACGGCGUCACCGUCGUAGUCCCCGCUGAUGGUGCUGCUACUACUGCUACUGCUACUACCACCGCGGACGGCUGUGCGGCCGGGUGGUUCCUGUGCGGGCGCGACGCCGGCCCCGACGCUGGGUGCUGCCCGUCCGGAUACGAGUGCGGCACGGCGAGCUGCUUCCGGGAGGGCGCGGGCGCUACGGGGGCGAGCGUGGCCAAGGAGCUGCCCAGGCAGAGCGGUAGUGCCGGAGAGGCAAGGGCCACGGCGGGAUGGGGAUUGGUGGUUGGGAUAGGCAUGUUGUGGGGGGUGGGGUGGGGUUUGUGGGUUUGAGGCUGUGAUAUGCGCGGGGGAAAAAAAAAAUAUCUCCUCAGAGAAGUGUACACACACCGUUUGGCAUCGAUUGCAUGCAUUGUACGUGGCGUUUUGGGGGUGUUUGAAUUGAUGAGAUUCAUCUAGGAGGCCUACGGGGGAGG